GCUGCAGUCAGUGCAACGCCACCGGUCGAGCAGUAACACGGCGCCGGGCAGUUCGAAUCGAAUUAAAUCAAAUCAAAUCGAAUUAUAGCCGGAAUCCAAGCAAAAAAAAUGAGCAACAACAAUGUGAUCUGCACGAUCUGUGCGGAACGGUAUCGCAACUCGGACAACAUACACGCCGGCAGCUGUGGGCAUGCCUUCCACGAGGAGUGCCUUUUCCGCUGGCGGGAUCAAUCAAGGACAUGUCCCAUUUGCCGCUCUGAGGAUGCCGCCUACUUCCAGCUUUAUCUGAGCUUUGAGCAGGAUGGAGCGGCAGGCGGCGGGGGCGGCAGUGGGCGGAAUCUGAGCCAAGAUAACAGCAGCAGUAACAGUCCCACUAACAGUGCCUCCAGCAGCAGCAGCACUAGAAACAGUAACAGCAGCAGCAGCAGCAACAGCAGCGGCCACAAUAGUAGCAUCAACAGCAGCAGCAGCAGCAGCAGCAGCAGCACUGGAAUCAUGCGGGAAUUCGAAAAUAUGUUAUACGAAAAAGAUCUUUACCAGCAGGAGAUCGAGUAUCUCAACGAGUGCAUUGGUGCGCUAACCCUGCGCAAUUCAAAGCUCAAGUGUAGGCUGGCUGAGUCGGAAUCCGAUUCAGAUUCCGACUGAAAACUAAACAAAUAGGCUGUAAAAUGAAUCCCAAGUUAAAUAAUAAGGUAAAGCUUAACAAGACAAAGAAGGCUGAGAAGGCAAACCUUAGAGGCGAACGAACGAUAGCAGAAAUAAUACAUAUACCCCACAUAAAAACCAAA